GUCUGCACAGUUCUGAAUCCAUGAAUCCUAAAACCCCACCUUUAGCCUCCUCGGAUGAUCUUCAGAUCCAUCCGCUCACGAUGGAUGUCCAACACCUGCAUCUUCCUGGCCCCUCAGCCGCCGGCCGCGUAUGCCCCUGUGCCUGCCCCUUCUGCUGCCGCCCCACGUCCCCCUCCUGGCGCCGCUCCAUGAAGCGCCGCCUCGAAAUCGAUUCCUCCGACAACGGCAGCGGAGAGGUCGAGAACGAGGCGGAUGCCCUGCGCGAAGCCUUGGCGAGCCAGCAGGAGACGAUCCAGGAACUGUGUGCUGAGCUGGACGAGGAGCGGAACGCGGCUGCCUCGGCCGCCAGCGAGGCCAUGUCCAUGAUCCUCCGCCUCCAGCGGGAGAAGGCCGAGGCCCAGAUGGACGCGCGGCAGUUCAAGCUGUUCGCCGAGGAGAAGAUGGAGCACGACCAGCAGGAGCUGCUCGAUCUCGAGGAACUCAUAUUGAAGCGCGAAGAAGGCAUCCAAGGCCUCGCAUUGCAGCUCCAGGCUUACCGAGACCUCCUCAUCAGCCACGGCAUUGAUCCUGACGACGUCGACGACGACACAGCACUCUCCGGUGUAUCUCAAUUCGAGGAGAUGCACACAGUUGAAUACCCCCCUUUGAAGUGCAACCUUCCAAAUGACGUCGAUGACGCUGCUAAUCUCGAAGAGAUCGCUUUUGGGGAGACGCCGGAUGCAGACGAGGACCUUGACAGUUUGGAGACGCGUAUUUAUGAGCUAGAGACCUCGCCCAAUCUACUCGACGAAGUGCAUGAGAUUGCGACAGUUGGUUCCUCUGAGGAUUGCUUCGAUACACAAAGGGAGAAGUGCAAGAGAAGGGGGACGGAUGGAAGGAUGGAAGGCGGGACUCCAGAUAUCUGGAACCUGUGCAUGAGACUGCAGGCACUCGAGGCUGACAGGGACUCAAUGAGGCAAACCAUUAUUUCAAUGAGAACAGAGAAGGCACAGCUGGUGUUGCUUAGAGAGUUAGCACAGCAGCUGCAUAAGGAUCCCUUUUUGCCUGAGAGGAGGAUUGCCAAGAAAAACUCUUCGUAUGCAAGUUUUUCACUGGUCGCUCAGCUCGAGUGGCUAUUGACGUUUCUUCUUUGGAGAAAGAAACCAUCAAGAACUAGGUACGCGCUUGGUUCGUCCAAUGCCAAUGUGGGCUUGUUGUUGGUUCUGGAGAAGUCACCCCGAAUUAGUGACCGGAGAUUUUGUUGCACACGAAUAGCAGGCCCGCGCCUCGUCGUCGCUGGCCACCCGCUUGUCCGCCGCCCGCGUUGGCCUGCUGACGCGCCAGAAUCCGGUCGCGAUCUCGUCGGAUUCCGGUCGCUAUCGCAUCCGGAAUCCGGCGCGAUCGCGACCGGACUCCGGACGCGAUCGCGACUGGACGCUCGCAACUGGAUGCUCGCGACUAGACACGAUCAUGCCAGAUUCCGGCGAGAUCACGGCCGGAUUCCGGCAAGAUCGUGGCCGGAUUCCGGCGCGAUCGUGUCCAGUCGCAAUAUUGUCCGGAGUCCGGCCGCGAUCCCCGACGGGUUCACCCUUGGGCUAUAG